ACCUGUCAGACUUUUUAUUUUUGGGAAAGUAGAAAUUUAUUCAUGAUUUUUGCAUUUUUGUAUCGCCUCAACAAAAAAUAAGAAACAAUUUAUCAAUUUUUACCAAAAAAUAUGCUAACUGAAAUACGAAUACGACCACGUCAGGUCCUAUUACUCAUCAUAAUCUUCUUUGGUGCUCUAAUAGUAGUACAUCGCAAUGCAAAACAAUGUUCAUUGCCCGAAAAUCUUCAAAAGUUUUAUGCCAAUAAUCAUCUUCCGACCAUUUAUGCCAUCACACCAACUUAUGCUCGUCCAGCACAGAAAGCUGAACUUACCAGACUGUCACACAUUUUCAUGCUUGUUCCGAAUCUUCACUGGAUUCUAGUCGAAGAUGCCAACACAACGAGCACUCUUGUUCGCAAGUUACUAAUUCGAGCUGGUCUAGAGAAAAGAUCAACUCAAUUGAAUAUAAAAACUCCUGCAGCUUUCAAGUUAAAAAACAAAGAUCCAAAUUGGAUAAAGCCCCGAGGAGUGGAACAACGUAAUUUAGCUCUCCAAUGGAUUCGAUCCAAUGUCAAACCCGAUCAAGAACAUGGUAUUAUAUUUUUCAUGGAUGACGACAACACUUACAGCGUUGAGCUGUUCGAAGAAAUGUGUAAAAUUGAAAGAGGGAAAGUUGGAGUGUGGCCUGUGGGCCUUGUCGGUGGGUUAAUGGUAGAGAAACCAAUUCUAAACAGUGACAAUCAAGUAGUUGGCUUCAACUCAGCUUGGCGACCAGAAAGACCAUUUCCAAUAGACAUGGCAGGUUUUGCUGCUAGUGCGGACUUGUUCUUCAAAUUCCCCGAAGCAGUUUUUUCGUAUGAAGUCCAGAGAGGCUAUCAGGAAAGUGAGAUUCUGCGACACCUUACAGUGGUCACUGAUUUGCAACCAUUAGCAAAUUUGUGCACAGAUGUUCUCAUUUGGCAUACAAGGACAGAAAAAACUAAAUUAUCAGCUGAAGAAGCAUUGAUAAAGAAAGGACAACAUUCAGAUGUGGGAAUGGAAGUUUAAGACAUUUUUAGAUUGCGUCGAUCUGCUCAUCUUUAACUACAGACGGCUGUGAGAUUACUCCUGGUUUGUUCAAUUGUAUUUCUUUUAUUUUACCUAAGUAUGUCGCUCUCUGUGUUUAAGAUAAGUGGAAUGAGGAAGUUUCCUGGUUUUUUGUUAUCAUUUUAUUUUUAUUCCAGACAUUUUAUCGGUUGAUAUUUGCGUUGGAGUAAAUCGAUUAUUUUUUUGAAACGACAUAAAUUAUAGAAUUUUUAUGUAAAUAAUUUACUUUGAACAAAUUUUAUUUAUAUGUAUUUAUUUAAGAGUUUCAAUGCAACGAAAAAAAUACUGAGCUGAAGGUUUAUUGGAAAUGAAAAUGGAGAAUUAAUUAAGUCGAAUCCAAAAUAUUUUUUCAUUUUCUCAGUGAAUGUUAGGAAUUAUUUUCAAGUUAUUGAAAUUGUUGAUGAUUUUAGAAUUUAAUGGGUUGGGUACGAUUGACCGCGUUUUAAAAUCUCAUUUUUUAAAUCUCGCAUCUUAAAAUCCCGCAUUUUGAAAUCUGUUAUAUCGAAAUUUCGGAAUUGCAAAAUCUCGCACAUCGAAAGCUCGCAACAUUAAAAUUUCGCAAACUAAAAUCCCGAAAUUUAUAAUCUCGCAUUGAAAUAAAACACUUAUUAAUUCGUGCUUAAUUUAAUUAAUAAAUAUUUUAUUUCAAUGCGAGAAUCGGGCAGAUUUAUACUAGCUAAGCAUAGUACAGAACCUCUCUCUUUUGUUUUUUUUUUUUGCUUGUUUUGAAAAGAAGAAUAGAAAAGGUAAAGGCUGGUUACCUGUCAGGUGCUUAUGCCAGUUGUUCAUAGUGUUCAAGAUCAACUGGAGAUGUAUGAGUGUCGGUAAACAUCGACCAAAAUAAGGCGUCUUAGUCAGAUCUAACUGAUGAGCCCACUGUCGUACCUGAGCGAAACGCUUUAAAAAUUUGGAGUUGAGGUCACUUCAACUUUAAAAUUAAAAGGACUUAAUUUAUGUAAAUUUGUCAUAUACGACCAUCCGUGUUCAUUUAAUCUGCUGCUUACACAUUUUAUUGCCAAAAAAGCAAUUUAAAUUGCACUCAAAACUAAUUCUUGUUUGAUGCGAGAUUUUGAUGUACUAGCGAGAUUUUUUUCUUGAAUUGCGAGAUUUUAGUUUUCAGGAUUUUUUAAAAGCGAGAUUUUCUUAUGUAGGAUGUUUAAAAUGCGAAGUUUUAUUUUGUGUGAUUUUUUCAAAAAUGCGAGAUUUCGUUAUAAGAGAUUUAAGUUUGCGAUCAAUCGCACCGCUCCCGAAUUUAAUUUUUUUACUUUUUGGUGAGCACUGCCAUUUGCGGAAUUGAUUUGCAUUACUUUACUUACAUACUUACGAUGACCAACGCUUUAAGGCGGCGCUAUUGUGCAGUUAGGCCUUAACCAACUUACUUCUCCAGACACCUCUUUUCUUAGCUAGCUGCUUCCAGUUUCGCACGCCAAGUUGAUUGAGGUCCCCUUCCAUUUGCGUGUGGCACCUUUGACUAGAUCUUUCUCUUUCUAUUGUGCCAUUCUUUUGGGUUGGAGUUAAUAACUUUGAGAGCCGGAGCAUUGUUGUUCCUGCGCUCAUCAUGAUCUGGGCAUGUCAGUCGCUGAACCUUUACUUGUUUAUCUUGAUAAAUGCCCAAGCACCACCCAGCAAACAUUUUUCUGAAGGUUCAGACUUUCAUCACCAAAAAUUAUUCCAAUUAAGUGAAUGAAUUGUGAAUUCCUACGCAAAACUCACUUUUUAUUUAUUUUUCAUCAUUUAAGUGAACUAAUACUGAAUAAUACCUUCAUUUAAAUGAAUCAUAAUGCAAUCAUAAU